CCUUGCUCUGUGUUUUGUCGUGACCUUUGCUUUGGGAAAGGAUGUCUCUUUGUGACCGUUGAUCUUGAACACGAGAGCUGGAGGCUGAGCUGGCAAAAGGUUUGUCGUCUACCACCUUUGCUUUUCCCUUUUCUUCACGCGAAAGUCUUACUUUGGCGGGAGCUUCUUCUCUGGUUUGAACUUGAGCUGAAACUGAGCUUUGCUGACUAAUAGUCUGAAGCAUAGAGAAUGGCCUUGCGCAAUAUAUGUGUAUGCAUUGUUUCAGAGAAUAGGGCUUAAAAUGAAUUAAUAAUGUAAUUGAGUUCCCCGUGGUUUUACUAUUUUUAUUUGCAAACUUUUUCUGAUGUUUCUAUAAGAAUAAAUAAUUAAAGGCAUCAAACUAUCUCGAAUUCAUUCAUGUUUUAUGCAUAUAACAUUAAGUGAGUAUCUCUAUGCAUGGGUUAACAGGAUCAGUUAGGGUUUCAGAGUGAAUUAAUAAUACUUAAGUCUUUUUACGUGUGCGUUCUUACUAUUUUUAUGAACAAACUCUUUUUAAAUGCUUCCACAAUUGAAGAAGAAUAAAGACAAGUCUAAGCAAGUGGGAGUUUAAUUAAAAUUACUUCUUAUAAUAUUUGUUUUUGAAAUAAGAAUAUUUGGACUUUUGCAAUUAUGGCCAUUGGAUGGUUAAAAAAUGCGCACUCCUAUCCAUUUUUAGAAUAAUUAAAAGAAAAGGUAUCGCCUAUAUCAAUACUAAUCCCUCUUGCACCUGAAGACUUUGGAGGAAUGCAAAGAGAUUCCAGAAAACCAAAAAAAAAAACACAAUAGAUUUCAUUUCGAUCGUUAUCCCUCCGAUUUUUGUGUUUACUCGAAACUUAUUUUCAUUCUAUUCAGUAUAUCAUCGAACGUGCAACAAGAUCAUAUGUUUCUGAUGCAAAAGAGGCAACCCGGGUCUCUCUUUGGUCUUUAAUGGAUAACAACUUUGAAUCCUCAAACGCUUCACAAGGAAGCCGUCUACAGUUGCAUCCGCAACCGCCCCAGCCGUUUAAUUUACAAGACGUGGAUACGAUCCAUUACAGUCAAACCUCUCCAUGGACUACCGAGACGUUUUCAGGUUUUACUCCAUACGAUUGCAUAGCUAAUCAAUCUUUCUCCUUACAAUGUUCAUCUUCAAAACCCUAUCCUCCCUCGCUUCAUUCGUACGAUCAUCAAUCCUCGGAUCCUCCAUCAUUGGACCAAUCCCAAUCGAUGGUUCCUAUGCAACCUAGUCCGGAUCAAUAUUUAAAGCCAUUAUAUAAAAGAUCAUGCGUCAACGAUUUUGCAGCAACAAAUGCUUCAUCAGCCUCGUACUCGCUUUGUUUUGGAGCAAGUCAAGAUCCACAAGAAAUAUGUAGGGGGAACUAUAGUAAUUCUAAUGUAACACAACUGAGUUUCUCAUUAUCACAUCAUCAACCUAAGCAAACUCAUUCAAGAUUUUCUUCUCCUUCCUUCUCAACCUAUGGAGGGUCCAUGGUUCGCAACUAUGGGACGGUUACCGGGAACAAGACACGGAUAAGAUGGACUCAAGACCUUCAUGACAAGUUCUUGGAAUGUGUAAACCGCCUUGGUGGUGCUGAUAAGGCAACACCCAAAGCGAUAUUGAAGCUGAUGGAUUCUGAAGGACUCACAAUAUUUCAUGUUAAAAGCCACUUACAGAAGUAUAGGAUUGCGAAAUACAUCCCUGAUCCUCGAGAAGGCAAGUUUGAGAAGAGAUCUUGUUCCAAAGAGUUGUCUCAGCUUGACACGAAAACUGGAGUGCAGAUUAAGGAGGCACUCCAGCUUCAACUUGAUGUUCAGAGACAUCUUCAUGAACAACUAGAGAUUCAACGAAACCUACAAGUGAGGAUCGAAGAACAAGGGAAACAAUUGAAAUUAAUGAUAGAACAACAGCAAAAAACAAAAGAGAGUCUUCUCAAGUCACCAAACGCCGAAGUAUCGUUGCCUCUCUCCGCUUUCGAUCGCUCUCCUCCACCUUUCUCGUUACAAGACGCCGAAGCCAUGAUGCUACCAAGUUAUGAAGACACUCAUUUCCAAUCAAAGAUAAGUUGAACAACGAGAGAUUGGCUAAAUAAAAAAAGGCCUAAAGCAUGUAUUCUACUCUAUUCAAAGUGGUAUGAAGUUAUAAGAGUGGCGACAAGAGAAUGUCCAAAGUGCUACACACACUCAGACCCGGCUCAACUUCAUAUUGGACCCUUGGAUAAAUUUAAUUUAUAUGCAAUAUAAUUGAUUAUAUAUAAAAUUUUGGGCCCUUAUUGUAAAAAUACAACAAAAAUUUAGGCCCUUUUUAUUACUAAAUUUAUUUGUUUUAAAGGUGGGCCCUGGACGUGUGCCCCACUUGCUUACCCCUAGAAACGGCACUGCACACACUAACACUUGGAAACAGAAUCAGGUACUUUAUGUGUGCAAGUGGUGUGUGAUGGGGUACGUCUUAGUCAUAGACUAGUAGAUGUGUGAGAUUAUUCUUAAUUAUCUAUUUGUUUUAAAAGAACUCAUACAAAGAGAUAGCUUCUUAAAUUAGUAACGCUACUUUUACCAUUGUGCAUGAGCAACCCCACGUUUUAUGCUUUUUAAUAUAUUCUACUUUGAAUAUUCAAUUUAAUUCGUUCAUCUU